AAUCAUAACAUUUAAAUAAUUCUCCCCUUCAACAAAGUAAUCCGCUCUUCUUUAAUUCCCUCACACAUUCUUCCGCUCCUCCACCAAACAAUUCUCAAUUCCCCUAGCUUCUUUCAUAUACUUUCUAAAUCCUACAUAUAUUUUCUAUCAAUUAUUAGAAACUACUAAAAAAAGCGUUACAUUUGACAAAAUCCAAUAUGUGUUCCAUCCUUCGUAACCCAAAAAGAUCACUAUCAACCCCACUUCUUUACCCGUCUAGCAGCGCUAGCGAAAGCGGCAGCAGCAGCAACGGCGAGGUAUUGGAGUAUAAUCCAUUAUGUUUAUCGACUCGAUUCGAGAUCAAAGACGUAAAGAUGCUAGGAGGAGGAUCAAAAUCAUACAAACUCCUAGAUGUAAUAUCAGGUCACGUAGGAGCCAUUUCAUGUUUAGCCUUAUGUGGUGAAUUUGUGUUGAGUGCAUCCCAAGGAAAGGAUAUUAUUGUAUGGCAACAACCUGAUUUAAAACAAUUUACCAAGUUUGGUGCAGGGGAAGGGUCAGUUAAAGCACUUGUUACCGUGGGUAACAAGAUUUUUACUGCGCAUCAAGAUAGCCGGAUUAGAGUCUGGAAGGUCUCCCGGAGAUCGGAGAACGUGUUUCGACUUGUUGAUACGCUCCCUACGACGAAAGAUUAUCUAGGAAAGUGUAUGAAACAGAGUAAUUAUGUGCAAAUAAGACGGCAUCAUAAGAAGUUAUGGAUUGAACAUGCUGAUAGUAUAUCUUGUUUGGCGGUUGAAAAUGGUUUAAUUUACUCAGGUUCUUGGGAUAAGACAUUAAAGGUAUGGAGGUUAUCGGAUUUAAGGUGUUUGGAGUCAAUUAAAGCUCAUGAUGAUGCUAUUAAUGGGUUAAUCUCUAGGAAUGGCAUUGUUUACUCUGCCUCAGCCGAUGGCAAAAUCAAGGUAUGGGAAAGGGAAAGAACCAAAAACUCGAGCUCGAACUCGAGUUUGCAUAGGUUAGAGGGAGUUUUAGAGGGUCAUAAGGAUGUUUCGAUGAACGCCAUCGUCGUUUCUGAAGAGAUCAAUGAGAAUGAAAGAGUGUAUGGAGGGGAAUCAGAUGGGUAUUUGAUGGGGUGGGAGAAGGAAAAAGAGAGGGAAUGGAAGUUGGUAGUUGAGGUAAAAGCACAUCAAUUAGCUGUUUUAUGUUUGAGUUUUAUGGGAGAUAUAUUAUGUAGUGGAUCAGCUGAUAAGAGUAUUUGUUUAUGGAGGAGAGAGCUUCUAAAUGAUGGAUUAAGAGGGGAGUUAUGCAAGGUUGGUGUGAUAAGAGGACAUGAAGGUCCAAUUAAGUGCUUACAAUCAUCAUCUAAUUGUGUAGGAGGUGGGUUUAUGCUGUAUAGUGGAAGUCUUGAUAAAAGCCUUAGAGUUUGGUGGGUUUCUAAGGAUAUCAAGGAUGAACAAGUUUGAUUUGUAAGCAAGAUUUUUUUUUUUUUGGGUGAUUAUUUUUGGUUGAUACAACAAACAAUGGUCUUUAUUUUUUGAGAUUGUCCAUUGCUUUGAAAAUUGAGUGUGUGUUACAGAUUUUUUUUUCAUUAAUUCUUUCAUUCAUUUUUUUUUUUGUUGAUGUUUGUUCCUGUAUGAUUUUAAGGUGUUGAGUUUAAUUUUACCUUAAUGUUUAGGAUGUAAUAACAAGAGUUUUGGUGUAAUUAAUCCAUUAAGAAUUGUUAAUAGAAUUGAAUAUUUUAUUGUGUU